AGGUCAAUAUCAACUAUCAUCCACUUUUGCAACAAAGCUGUAUGUAAAUUUAAACAUUCCAGAAGUUGCAGAAAUGAGAAACAAAUACAGCACAAAAGACAUAAACGUAAAAGAUAUACUACCAAAGGGACUACCUAAAAUUCAAGAUGCAGAACUGGCCUUACAUAAUAAAAAAACAGUUGCUGAAAUAAAGAACUUGGAAUGGAACUCAGAGACAAAGAACUUGAUGGUAACAUGCAAUGCCAAAAUCAUUAAUAUCAACAACAAAUAUGGAUGGUAUUAUGUUGCAUGCCUUAUAUGCAAGACGAAAGUGAAACAAGUCAAAGGAGUUCUAUGGUGUGAACGUUGUAAAAAUGAGACAAAAUUUGCAGUCCCAAGGUAAUUAAAAAAAAAAUUG